AUGCAUGACCCAGAGAUCAAAUACAAUGUAACGGAAUUUAUCCUACUGGGACUGACGCAGGAUCCACAUCUGCAGAAAAUCUUCUUCGUCGUGUUUCUAGUGUUUUUUAUUUUCACCGUGGGGGGAAAUCUGCUCAUCGUGACAACCAUUACCUUCAGCCACACUCUUUCUGCUCCGAUGUACUUCUUUCUCACCUACCUGGCCUUUAUAGAUGCCUGCUACACCUGUGUCACCACCCCUAAAAUGAUCACAGACUUGCUCUACAGGAGGAGAAUCAUCUCCUUCAAUGACUGCAUGGCCCAGCUCUACUUAGCCCAUUUCUUGGGCGGCUCGGAAAUCAUUCUCCUUAUAGUGAUGGCUUAUGACCGCUAUGUAGCCAUCUGUAAACCACUGCAUUACGUGAUCACUAUGAGCCGGCGUGUUUGCCGUUUGUUGGUGGGAGUGGUGUGGAUGGGUGGCUUACUUCAUGCAACAGUGCAGAUUCUCUUUAUGUUCCAACUCCCCUUCUGUGGACCCAAUGUCAUCGACCACUUCAUGUGUGACUUGUUCCCUUUGCUGAAACUCGCCUGCGCCGACACCUACGUCCUGGGGCUCGUGGUGGCGGCCAACAGUGGGGUGAUGUGCAUGCUAAUCCUAGCCAUGUUGCUUGUCUCAUAUAUCGUCAUACUGCGCUCCCUGAAAACUCAAAGUUCGGAGGGGAGACGCAAAGCCCUGUCCACCUGCGGCUCCCACUUCACCGUUGUGAUCUUAUUCUUUGUCCCCUGUAUCUUCACAUACACCCGACCUGUGUCCACCUUAGCUGUAGAUAAACUAGUGACAGUAUUUUUUGCUAUCAUCACUCCCAUGUUAAACCCCAUAAUCUACACUGUAAGAAAUACAGAGGUGAAAAAGGCCAUAAGGAAUUUAUGGAACCGAAGAGUGGUUAUGGCUGCACGAUAA